AUGAGGCUCCAUCAACUAUGGCCUGCGAUAUACACUUUGUUUACAGCUACUACAGCCCAGACAAUUAGUGGCCUUACAUUCGACAGCAGAGAUGUUGUGAACAUUGUUUGGGCCUUUGAAGGUGAGGCCUCGACGCGUUAUACGUUCUGGCUUUGUGCCGGAGACGAAUCAACAGGCGAAUAUGAAUCGCUAGCGCCAGUGAUUGAAGACCUUACCUAUACCUCCGGCGACCUAUUGUCAUUUAGAGUCAACCCAAACGUGGGAGGAAAUGAUGUGGAUGCAUACUUCCUCAAGAUUGUUCCUUCCACAUCCAAUGGAGCUUUGUCUGGAUUUACUUCUCAUUUCACCCUAACUAAUAUGAAAGGCACAUUUUCAUCCAAAGUUUCAGCUGCAGUGAAUCUGAUGCAGCCGAUUUCCAUCUCGUUCAGUCUAUCGGAUGACUCGAGCCUGUUGGAUCCCACUGAGGUAGCUCCGACUUUGAACGCGUCACAGUCUGCUCUUCAGCUCCCAGCCCCCACCAAAGGCAGCGAGCUAGACCACAAUGAACUACGGAAACGUCUGGGUGUGGAUUAUCAUACAGUUCCCUAUGGAGAGCAGCUGGGCCUGACGAAGUAUGCGCCGAUGCCCAAGAGAGCAGGCACGACUAUCGCAGACAGGCCGGCUACACCUCAAUACCCGCCGUUCCCAUUUUCCAUCGCUACGGCUUAUCUUCCUGCUCCAACGGUCCAAUAUACAGAUACCGCCUACGCAACCUGGACUACUCAUAGUAUUGAGAACACGGCCGCCCCGGCUGCGAUGCCAACAUUGGAUAAGAGAAUGCAGCAGUGGUUAGACCGUUGGAAGGAUUGA